CGCGUCGCGUUUUGACAGGAACUGGAAUUGAAGCGACGAGCACUUUGAUGAGAAGUACACACUAUAAACAUUAUUGCUUGAGUGUUAUUCACCGUUUCGAAUCACAUCUAUGCCUCAAGUGGUCUACGACAGUACAGCUAUCCUUCCUUCUUGUCCAAAUUCAUCCGACCUCGACCCAGUCUAUCAACAACACGAGCCUGAUGCGAAGUUUACGAUAGGAGAGGUUACACAUGCCACUUCACAUGGAGUGACUCUGGCAAGCUUCUUUUCUGAAGAUUUAUCUUCGGCGUUGGACUCUGUGCCAGACGAGAUGCCUUUCUCUUCGUCGCCCGUCCUGUAUCCUCCCAGCUCCUCGCCUCCUGUUCCAGCAGCGACCAAGAAGCGCAAACUGUUCCAACCCUUUCCCACCGACCUGCAAAAGAAGAGACCGAAGAUCGUGGGGGGCUUCUUGGAGGACAGUGAUGAGGGAGAGGAACAGCCAGAGGAUGUAGGGGCACAAUCGAAGCCUCCGCAAGUGCCUCACAUUGACGAGCCAACGCUGCCUUCGCUUACCCCCAGCCUGACUGAGGCUGUGACCAUGAAAGCAACUGGCACGGCAAACCCAGAAGAGCAGCCAGCGCUGUUCGGUACAACAACAUUGCCAGCAUUUGCACGACCGUUGCUUCGAAAACUGGGACCGAAAACAGUAUGUGUAAACACCUUGUCUGGUGCCAGCUUGAGCAUACCGUUGAGGCAGAAGUCGGGAUUUCAGUCGUACGAGCAACUAGUCGCUGAAAGAUCCACCACGAAGCAAGGUCGAGCAAAGAGAGCUUACUACGGAAUCGAGAUACACAAACUCGUGGAUGACGCGAAGACGCAGCGGCAGUUGGGCGAUUUCGAGAAGCAGAGGAAGUCCGAAGAGAUUUCUGUCGCGGCAACGGUCGAGACUCCAGCAGAGGUGCGACCCGCGAACUACAAAUCGACCGCCUACCAGAUGUGGACCGAGAAAUAUCGCGCAAAGAAGUUUACAGAUCUUGUAGGCGACGAGAGAACACACAGAGGCGUGCUUCGGUGGCUCAAAUCCUGGGACGAUGUGGUUUUCCCAGGCCAUGCUAAAGUAAAGCCUGUUCGGGUAUACGACGACAAAGACCAGCCGGAGCAACAACACCGAAAGAUCCUACUUUUGACGGGUCCUCCUGGUCUGGGGAAGACGACCUUGGCACAUGUCUGUGCGAAACAAGCCGGCUACGAGGUGCUCGAGAUCAAUGCCAGCGACGAUCGUAGCCGGGAUGUCGUGAAAGGCCGAAUAAAGGACGCGCUUGGUACGGAGACUGUUCGAGGAAUCAAAGAACAAGGCAAAGCUCGCAAAGCCGGUCGUCCUGUCUGUGUUGUUGUGGACGAAGUCGACGGUGUUACGACAGGCUCAGCGUCAAGCGGUGGUGAAGGCGGCUUUAUCAAGGCUCUCAUCGACCUUGUUCAACUUGACCAGAGAAACUCGACCCAAUCGGGAAACCACGAACAAGGCGCCGGCAGGAAGAAGAAAGGCGACAGGUUCAGGAUGCUCAGACCUUUGAUCCUGGUUUGUAACGAUGUGUACGCACCUUCAUUACGGCCACUGCGAACAAGCUCGAUUGCCGAGAUUGUGCAUGUUCGAAAAGCGCCAAUUGACAAGGUCAUUGCAAGGGUGAAACACGUUUUCGAGAAGGAAUACAUCGCUUGCGACAAUGAUGCGGUGCGUCGAUUGUGCGAGAACGCGUGGGGGCUGGCUAUGCGAAAGCAGAGAGGUCCUGGUUCUCGAGGCUCUGGAGAAGGAGAUAUCCGAGGUGUCUUGGUUCAGGCCGAAUGGAUUGCUCAUAAGCUACGAGCUUAUGGGACCAAGCCAAGACUCACGAAGAAGUGGCUAGAGCCGCAACUGGAGGACGCUCAAGCUGGACAGAAAAGCCUCGCGCGAGGCGGCGUCCGAGAAGUUGUGGAACGAGUGUUUCUGGAAGGCGCCGGAUUACCGAACCUGACCACCUCUCUCUCGGCAGAGGAUGCAAGGCUCGUGGCUGACUCAAAGACUAAUCCUGUUGGUGUUGCGGAACUUCGUAAACGCUCAGCUAUUACUGCUCUGCGGGAGAUGGUGGAUACAUGUGGAGAUCAUGAUCGAGUCGUCGCUGACUGCUUUGCCACAUACCCAACACAAGUUUACCAGGAUGACGUGCAACUCUCGAAGCCUAACGCCAGUUACGACUGGCUACACUUCCACGAUUGCCUGUCGAGUCGAGUAUAUUCCGGCCAGGAAUGGGAAUUGACGCCAUACCUAAGCACGAGCGCCUGCGGCUUCCAUCAUCUCUUUGCAGCAGUCGACAAGGGGUCCAAAGCUUGGAAUGACGAGAAGCCGGAAGAAGAGCCAGUCGAUGUGCAUCCAUUCAGUGGUCUCAAGGCUGACUUUGCCGCUUAUGAGGCGGCGAAACAGAACCGAACACUGUUGACGGAAUUGCAGUCAAGCUUAUCAGGAUCGUUGUUGAGACUGUUCAGCUCCGUCGACAACAUUGCCACAGAGCUGCUACCGAAUGUCGGCAAGAUGCUUGCACCCGAUGUGAAGCCCGUCACCGUCGGCGGCUCCGGCGGCUCUGCCAGCGUUGCGAGUGUACGCAAGGACACUGAGAAGGUAUGCAUCAAAAACGCUGUCCGGACAAUGCUUGCUCUGGAGAUCUCGUUCGAAAAGAUCCACGUGGAGAUCGAAGGUGGUGGUGCUCAUUCGAAUGGUGGGUACGCAUACAGGAUGGAGCCACCGCUUGAUACUCUUCUGAGCUUUCACAUGGACAAAGAAGGUCAACCAGUUGUCCCGGUUCGAUAUGCUGUCCGACAGGUCCUGGAUCAAGAGCUCCGGAAGGAGAAGUUGCUGCAGAAUGCUGCUGCAAACCAUGCGCGCAGCGGACCACUGACUGCCACGAGUGCUGUUGGUGAAGAGAAUGACAAAGAGAACGAGGCGCCAGUGGUUAAGGCAAAAGAGACGCUGGUGAAGGAUUCCAAUGCGAAAAGAGACUUCUUCGGUCGUAUCAUUAAUGAAAGUCGACCUAGAUCAGCGGGCAACGCAGCGGCAGCGGAAAUGGGUAAGAUGUUAUCGAAGGACGAAGGCCGUAUCUGGGUAUCGUUCCACGAAGGGUUCUCGAACGCCGUUCGGAAACCGAUUACCUUGAAGGAGUUGCUUGACGGGUUUUGAACAAGACACGAGCCGGCGCGUCUGGAACCACUAGGACCGUCCUUCCGCCUACCCGAUUCAGCUAUGUCUAGCAAGUCCUGACCUGUAUUCACCCACUCUUAGUGUAAAUAAAAGAUGCUAGAACUGAGAAAGGAAGAAAGUUGAAAAGGACAAGAACGAAUGAUAGACAUCACGUGGCC